AUGGCCGCAGUACCAGCGACUACUUCCUCUCUUCCCCCUAACCCUACUGUCUAUGUCCGUAACCUAGAAGAACGCAUCAAGGUCGACCAGCUCAAAGUAGCCUUGGAAGAGAUCUUCUCCGAGUAUGGCAACAUCGUGGAGAUCGUCGCGAAGACCAACCUGAAGGCCAAAGGCCAGGCGUUCAUUGUCUUUGACAGCGUCGAAUCCGCGACCCGCGCAAUCGAGGAGGUCAACGGGUUUGAGCUUUUCGACAAGCCGAUGGUCCUCGACUAUGCGAAAACGAAGAGCGAUGCAACCGUUCUGCGCGAGGGCGGGACAGAAGAGCUUGAGGUCCAUAAGCGGAGGCGGUUAGCAGAGAAGGGUGCGUUUUUUUCUUCAAGUCUUGCCUAUCUCUUUUGGGGUAUUGAAGCAUGUCGUCCGCUAACCCCGUUUGUCCCUGGUAGAGCGCAAACAAGCCCACGAAGCUCUGGAAGCUCAGAAGAAGCUCAAGCGUCCCCCGGCCCUGCCGACACAGCGCGUCCAGCCAAGGCAGUCAAGGGCGCGGGUCUCAAGCCGACCAGCGGUGCAGCGGCAGCAGUUAUCCCCGACGAGUACCUUCCUCCCAACAAGAUUCUUUUCCUGCGGGACUUGCCCGACACCGCCGACCAAGAGAGCCUUACCGCUAUAUUUGGUCGGUUCGAAGGGUUCCAGGAAGUCAGAUUGGUUCCUGGCCGAAAAGGGAUCGCCUUUGUCGAGUACGAGAACGAGUCUGGUGCCAUCAGCGCGAAGGAGGCUACAGCGAACAUGCCUAUGGGGGACAACGGCAAGCCUAUCCGCGUCACCUACCAAAGACAGUGA